UAUCCCACGGUCGUACAGGGACAUCGGAAUAACAUGCAGAAGUUCAGGAAUUGUGUUAUUCUGACUCGAGUAGGGGGCUUCUACGAGCUCUACUUUGAGCAGGCUGAAGAGCUAGCUCCGUUACUGAACCUGAAGCUCGCCGUCAAGAAGACCAGCGCGGGACCUGUUCCCAUGGCAGGAUUUCCCUUCUUCCAACUAGAUCGGUUUCUGAAGGUACUCGUCCAAGACUUGAAUAAAUACGUGGCUAUCAGCGAAGAGUUUGCCAAUGCCGCUGAGGAUAAAGCCCGGGGUGGUCUGCUAUUUGAUCGCAGGGUAGCCAGAAUUAUCACGCCAGGUACCCUAAUCGACGAGAAGUUUAUGGACCCUUCGGAGAACAAUUUCUUGCUGGCGGUUUAUAUCGACGUGCCGGCCUUGAAAGCGCAACUAGAACAACAGGAGGGUGAUUUGUCUGCGCAGCAGCACAUAUUGUCUUCCGCAUCCCAGCGCGUUGGCUUGUCCUGGCUCGACUUAUCCACAGGAGAUUUCUUUACACAAUCGACUACCACUCAGAUGCUUCCGUCGGCGAUUGCUCGGAUCGGAGCGCGGGAGAUACUCGUGGAACAGAAACUUCAGGACCUGAUCGGACAGGAGCUGCAACUUCUGGUUGGGCAUGACCAUCGCUUGAUGACAUUUUUCGCAUAUCCCAGCAAGAUUCUACCUAUAGCACAGUGGAGCUCUGCGCUUGAGGCGCCAGUAGCUGACCAAGAUUCUGAUGCUUUCACGCCGGAAGAGGUCGCAGCCGGUUAUAGCUUGCUGGAGUAUAUCAGAGUUCAGCUGCAGGGCUUGAAUCUGAAACUUCAGCCGCCUCGUCGUCGACAUCUGAAUGAGUCUAUGAACAUUGACCGGAACAGUCUGAGAGGCCUGGAAAUUCUCGAAACGGCGCGGGAUGGCUUUGGGAAAGGAAGUUUACUACAUGCGGUGCGCCGGACGUCUACCAAAAGUGGACCACGUCUGCUGAGAGAUCGCCUGACAUCCCCUUCCACAUCAUUGCAGGUAAUCAACGAACGGCUCGACCUUGUAUCGGUCUUUCUCGAGAAUAGUAAUUUACGCGACAGUGUAAUUCAACUGCUGAAGCGAAGCUACGAUGCUCAACGCUUGGUCCAGAAAUUCACCUUGGGGAGAGGAGACGCGGACGACCUGAUCUGCCUUGCCAGGGCCAUCCAGGCUUCGAGAGAGAUCAAGAUGGUUUUAUCAAGCCAAGAUAACAGCCGACUUGAUAGUUUGCCUCAUACACAGUCCAUCGAUGCCAAGCGUAGUGUCUCAGCUAUGACCGGUCGACUCUGUCUGGAUGGACCGACCAUGCUGGCGGAUCGGAUCUCAGCUGCCAUUGACGAAGAAGGUCUACUGCAGAAGCAGCGUCUUGAGGAUGAUACGGCUGCUGAAGCGGCGAUUCUGGCGCAGGAAGUAGCCAUGAGUGAGGGACUUCCUGGAGAAGUGGAGGCGCUUCCAAAAAAAGUGAGAGCUAAGAACAGCGAUCAAUCCAAGACCUCGGUGGAAGAGACAACCGCGCCGGACACUUGGAUCAUGAGGCGCAAUGCCAGCGCGGCUCUUCUUGAGCUACAUGAGUCCUUGGACCGGCUGCAGGAUGAAAAGAUGCGUCUUACUCAACGUCUUCGCGAAGCCGUCGGGUCUUCUGCCCUCUCGUUGAGAUGGACUUCUGGCCUGGGACAUAUUUGCCAUGUCAAAGGAGCCAAAAUUUCCCAGCAGUCUCUAGAGGAGCUAGGUGUAACGCGGAAUGUGUCUUCAACCAAAUCGACACGGUCCUUUUACCUUCCCGCCUGGACGGCGUUGGGUGACCGAAUGGACCAGGUGAAAGUCCAAAUCCGACAGGAGGAACAGGCGAUCUUUGAGACACUGCGCCGCGAAGUGAUUCUCAACCUAGUGAAGAUCAGACGCAACGCUGCCGUAAUGGACGAGCUUGAUGUUGCGUGUUCUUUCGCCACCUUGGCUGAAGAGCAACGUCUAAUACGUCCGAUCCUCACCAGUGGAGUAACGCACAAAAUCGUUGGGGGAAGGCAUCCAACAGUCAAGCUUGGGCUUGAGGAGCAAGGGCGACAGUUCGUCAGUAACGACUGCUUCCUGGGCGAUUCGGAGAGGAUCUGGCUCAUCACUGGUCCGAACAUGGCCGGUAAAAGCACGUUCCUGCGCCAAAAUGCGCUCAUCACCAUUUUGGCACAGGUUGGGUCAUUCGUGCCUGCUGAGUAUGCGGAGAUUGGCAUUGUAGAUCAGAUAUUCAGUCGGAUUGGGGCGGCUGACGAUUUAUUCCGAGAUCAGUCCACUUUCAUGGUGGAGAUGCUGGAGACAGCCACCAUAUUGAAGCAGGCGACAGCGCGCUCCUUUGUUAUCAUGGAUGAGGUUGGCCGCGGGACAACGCCAGAAGACGGGACAGCCGUCAGUUUUGCCUGUCUGCACCAUCUGCACUACCGCAACAAGUGCCGGACGUUGUUCGCAACGCAUUUCCAUGCUUUAGCUGACAUGACCGAGGAGUUUGAGGCACUGGGGCGAUACUGUACCGAUGUGAAAGAGACCGCUUCGGGGUCGUUCUCAUUUGUCCAUCGACUGCGCGAGGGAGUGAACCGUGACUCCCAUGCGCUGAAAGUCGCGCAGCUCGCAGGAUUGCCGAAGGAGACCCUAGAGAUGGCCAGUCGAGUGCGACAGUCGUUGGGUAACCGCGCUCCAUGGUCUUCGGGCGGCAGCGAUAGCCAUACUAUCGCGUCAGCCACCGCGUAGUGCCCGUUACUCCUGACCCUCUAUGUACAUGUACCACAUCUUCUUGUGUGUUGCACUUUUGCUCGA